AUGGUUGAACCGCGGAACGAAAAUUUCUCUUCCGCCAAUACCGGUGUCAUUCGAGAUUGGAUAGCGGGAGAACUUGAGCAUCGCAUAGUUUUUGUGAUUCAAAUCUUCACAUCAAUAUAUUUUAUAAAACUGAAAACCUCCAUCGAAACAGCAAUAGCCCGGCUAGCUCAAUCGGUAGAGCGUGAGACUCUUAGUCUUUCACGGUCUAACAGACACGAUUACUCAGUACAUCUCAAGGUUGUGGGUUCGACCCCCACGUCGGGCUUGUACGUUUUCUUUUUUUUGCUCUCAUCCAGUCCUCUUUCAUGCAUGUUUGAAGCAAAAUAUUGUUUUUUUUUUGUUUGUUAUGUCGUUGGACUGAAAAGCACUUGCUGGGUGAUUGGAGAAACGAGGAAAUUUGUUUUUGUUGCAUUUGACUAG